UGUUGUGUUACGUAGGACGAUUUCCCCAUGAUCGUCCGGUAAAAAUCUCCAGAAAUGAUUCUUCGACACCAAAAGAAAAGAAAAGAGUUUUAUUGAUGGCUUUACUCUGGGAUCAUUUACUCUCGGUUUUUUCAAAGAACCAGAAAUGAGAAUGAAGAUAGAAUCAGAGAACGAAAACAGAGUGUGUUUGUGUAUGUAAUAAGAGAACAACAAAAUGCAACAGAAUGUGCUAACAACACAUACAUCCAGUAAGGGUGAAGUAUUCUGACAAACCAUGAGAAAUAAUGAAAAAAUCCCCGCGACCGUAAUACGUAUUUCACACAUUUUUUAUCAUAAUAAACCACAACGCAAGGAUGCGGUUUCGUGGACUGGUCACUCUCUCUCUAGUAUAAAAGAGCAAGAUGCGCAAAACUUUAAAGUAUGUUUCAUUUUAAACGCCGAGUGCUUCUCACGUACGUAAAGAUGCGAGCGUUAAUUGUCCUUUUGGUUCUGGUUUACUGUGCCGUUGUGAAAGGUGAGGAAAGUGUAUCAAAUCUGCAGAAUGCUCCAAAUUCACAAACAGGAUUUGCAUUUGAGAUGCUUAUGGCAAAACUUAACAGUCUGGAGCAUCACUUUGUCGAAAAGCAACUAAAAAAUGAAGAACAAAUGACAGUUCUAAGCGCUAGAAUUGAUCAUCUUGUGAAAACCGUUGAAAACUUAUCCUGGAUUGUGCAAAACACGGCUGAAACUGUAAACCAUCUUGGUUUGAAUCGGAAACACAUGCAGCACAAUGUUACCGUAAUACAGCGUGAUCUUGUGCAGCUUCUAGCCGGUCAGAAGCUGUUGGUAACGGCGCAUCAGUUUGGUGAAUAUCUUCGACAGAAAGGAUGCAACACAUCGCACAUUUCGUUUCUCAGUGACAAACACUACACCACGUACAGAUCAUGCAACAAGGUACCGUUUUCACAGUCCGGAGUGUACAGCAUAAGACCGGAAAAACCUUUCAAACAACCGUUCACGGUACUGUGCGAUCAAGAGUACGAAUCGGGCGGUUGGGUUGUGAUUCAACAUCGUUUCGAUGGUUCGAUCAAUUUCUACCGCGAGUGGGCUGAGUAUAAGGAUGGGUUUGGCAAUCUGGAUGGUGAGUUCUGGCUGGGGUUGGAACGCAUCCAUCAGCUAACCGCUUCGACACCGCACGAGUUGGUGAUCUUGUUGGAAGAUUUCGACGGUAACAGGACGGUUGCCAAGUACGAUCGCUUUCAGAUUGGUAGCGAGCUCCACAAUUAUGCGCUCACAAGAAUAGACGGAUACACCGGUACGGCUGGAGACUCUUUAAGUGAUUUGAAGGGAAGGCCAUUUACCACACAAGACAAAGAUAAUGAUACGGCGGGUGAAAACUGUGCCGUAACGUAUGCUGGAGCUUGGUGGUAUGCCGCCUGUCAUGCGAGCAAUCUGAAUGGUAAAUAUCUACGCGGGGAAACUAAGGAAUUUGCCACGAGUAUGGUGUGGAAAUCGUUUCGAGGAUAUCACUACUCACUGAAAUCUUCGAAAAUGAUGAUAAGACCAAAAAUGUAAAACAAAGCUGUCACUUUUGAUCUUCGAAUUGUGUUAAUUAAAAGAAGAGAUGGUAUGCAUGGUUUAAAAUGCGAAAUUUUAACGACUUUGUAAAUGCAGGGUUCGUAAAUGAGUUUCUCCUCAAGAACUAGUUUCUUUCGGAAUAAUUCGAAAAACGUUUGUGACUUUCCUUUGUAAAAUAAAAUUUAAUAAUAAACCCGUAACAAAAUAGUACAGCUAAAGUCUGAAAUAAGAACCCCCCCCCCGACACAGGUUAAAGAUUGGCGAUCCGUUGGAUACCGACCGAGUUAUAGGCAAAACUUGGUGCAAAAAUAAACCUUUUGAAAUUUUUAAAUUUUUAUAUUUAUUUUAUUUUUUUCUGAUUUUUUAUUCUUUUUUUAAUUUAAAGCAUUAUUUGAGUGAAAAGAAACUCAUUGCAACAAAUUGGCAUUAAAAUAAAUCAAUUUAAUUUUUUUUGAAAAUUUUCUCAAAAAAAACGUAAGGGGUAAGCCUUAUGAAAUUUUCGAGUGGAAAAUUUUUUGAAAAUUUUUUUCUGAUUUUUUAUUCUUUUUUUAAUUUAAAGCACUAUUUAAGUGAAAAGAAACUUAUUGCAACAAAUUCCCAGCAAAAUAUAUCACAUUUAAAAUUUUUGCUACAUUGCUCAAAAAUGAGGAAAAUUUUACAUUUUCUCAAACAGGGUAAGGAACUUGGUUCCUCGCAUAACUUCUCGCACAGACAUCUGAGGGCAUGGCCGUCCAAGAAGAAAAUGUAGCCAUUGGUGCCAUCUAUCCACCACAGGUUAAAGAUUGGCGAUUCGUUGGAUACCGACCGAGUUAUAGGCAAAAUUUGGUGCAAAAAUGAGGAAAAUUUUACAUUUUCUCAAACAGGGUAAGGAACUUGGUUCCUCGAAUAACUUCUGGCACAGACAUCUAAGGACAUGGCUGUCCAAGAAGAAAAUGUAGCCAUUGGUGCCAUCUAUCCACCACAGGUUAAAGAUUGGCGAUCCGUUGGAUACCGACCGAGUUAUAGGCAAAACUUGGUGCAAAAAUGAAGAAAAUUUUACAUUUUCUCAAACAGGGUAUGGAACUUGGUUCCUCGAAUAACUUCUGGCACAGACAUCUGAGGGCAUGGCUGUCCAAGAAAAAAAUGUAGCCAUUGGUGCCAUCUAUCGACCACAGGUUAAAGAUUGGCGAUUCGUUGGAUACCGACCGAGUUAUAGGCAAAAUUUGGUGCAAAAAUGAAGAAAAUUUUACAUUUUCUCAAACAGGGUAUGGAACUUGGUUCCUCGAAUAACUUCUGGCACAGACAUCUGAGGGCAUGGCUGUCCAAGAAAAAAAUGUAGCCAUUGGUGCCAUCUAUCGACCACAGGUUAAAGAUUGGCGAUCCGUUGGAUACCGACCGAGUUAUAGGCAAAAUUUGGUGCAAAAAUGAAGAAAAUUUUACAUUUUCUCAAACAGGGUAUGGAACUUGGUUCCUCGAAUAACUUCUGGCACAGACAUCUGAGGGCAUGGCUGUCCAAGAAGAAAAUGUAGCCAUUGGUGCCAUCUAUCGACCACAGGUUAAAGAUUGGCGAUUCGUUGGAUACCGACCGAGUUAUAGGCAAAACUUGGUGCGAAAAUGGGCCUUACUGGAUUGACAAAUUUAUAGAUUUUUUCAAUUUUUUCAUUAUUUUUUACCUUUUU